AUGAUAUCGAUCAAAGCACUGUCUUUAGCUUGUAUAUUUCAAAUUAGACUCUUUUGGAAGAAACUUUUGAAAUCUUCAAAUUUUAUAUAGAACAAUCUAACUUAAAUGAAUCUGAAUGGAUUCUUGAUUUUUUCUAAAAAUUAUAUUAAGGUUAUUUUAAUCUUGAAUUAGUUGAUUAGAAAUAUAAUUUUUUCUCUUUUAAGAGCAGAAUUGUCGGUUAUUGAAUAAUAUGUUACAAAUUCAUCAUUAUCUUACAUUGAUUAGUUUAAUAUUGAAUAAGAAUAAAUCAAAAAAUCUUAUAUGAAUAAUAAUUAUUCAAAUAGUAACAACAAAAAGGAUUCAAAUGACUUAGAAGAAUGUAGAUUUUGCUUCAUUACCAUCUGCUUGAUGCUAAUGCAAAAUUUUCUUAAAAUGAUCUUUAUAUUUUAAGAGAAGCAUCUAUUAUUAGGGGAAAUUACAAAGAUGCAUAAACAAGUGUUCUUUUUUGUUUAUAGCUUCGUAAUUUAAUGGAGCACUUCUAUCUUCAGCAAGAAAAACUAUUUUUUGGGUACCAGGUAUUGAAAAUAGCCGUUUAAGAAAUUUACUGUAUUACUACCCUCCAUGUUCAUUAAAAGCAUGUUGUUGUUAGACUCGGCGAAUCAAUAAUUAUGGAAUUUUUAUCAGCAUACGAAAUUAAUACUGCAAGGUUUCGGAUGUGGGAUAUUGAUGAUAGAUAAACAGACAGGCAAGUAUUAACAGUAGCACCUGACAGGAUGACUGAAAUAGUCAUUUAUGAUGGUAAUGCUCAGGCUAAAAUAUUACCAAUUUAAAAUCUUCUUUAUGUCAAUAAUGUUAAUAAUUAAAAAAAUAUUUUUCAUAUAUUUAGUGAAUUUUGA